UGUCGCCUUAAUUGCUAGCGAUUCCACAAGGCAUUCACUAUGGACGACGAAGAUGUGCGAGCGCUGGAAGCGCUCCAGGUGCCUGGCAAUCUAUCUGAGCACGUGAGACUACGUGGGAUGGCCACAUGCCCGCACUGCUACCAGGGCUUCGGACACGCUUCGCUGCCCAUCCACGUGCGUCGGUGUCGUUCGCUUCUGCCUCCAACUGAAGAGGAAGAGGCGGCAGCGGAGCAGGACAAAGCUAACCAGUCAAUCAGGAGAAAUCGAGUGCGCUCGCUAGUGGAUCUGUACGAUGGUCGUGCUUAACGAUUACUAUUGAAAUUGCAAAUUGAUAAUAGUUGAAGAACCUACUGAUACAACCUGCUGCCAGAUGCCUCCGGUUCGUGACGAAGCACUUCGAAUCCGUCUGCAUGGACAGGAUCGUCGCAUUCCCCGAGGCGGAAGGUCUGUAGUAAUUUUAACUGCAAUGGUGAGAUCGUGGUGCCUGAUGUUGUGUAUGUAUACGCAGCGGCUCUGAUCGCAUCCAUGCCGAGUAAUCUACUGCACCGCAUGGUGGUGAACCUCGUCCAGGACAGCAAACGAGCUAAAAUGAAAAAUCGAGAGAGUCGUGCGAUGAUUGAGAUGCUGGAGAGUGCGUUGCAAGGAGCUAGGCGCGACGUAGCGCAACUCGAGUCAGCACGAGACUGGGCGGCCAUCAGUCGUGCAAGAAUGGAGGAGCAACGGCACGUCUCCGAUCGAUUGCAACGUGAACUGGACACUACGAAGACUGCGUUAUCAUCAGCUGAAUUGGAGAACCAAAAACUUCGAGCCAAAGUUGAAAGUUCUGAGAAGAAGCUACUUCGAUUAGAGGCUAAGGUGCGCAGAAGGCUGCUAGUAGCGUAUAUUUUCCAUGAUUUUAUUUAUUUUAUUCCGUGGUUUCGGCAGAUCAACUCGCUAAAGGCCGAGAAGAGGGAGUUUAAGAUCGAAGCUCAUAGACGACAGAUGGAGUUGUCAAAUCAACUGCUUUCAGCGCACAAUUCUCGUGUAGCUGCAAGUUCGGAGAAGGCUCGUUUAUCCCGAAGUUUUAAGGAACGACGCCGAUCUGAAGAGGACACACGGCGCUCAAAGCGUUCGCCUACAGAUGGAUCGUCGAAUUCCACUACGAGUAAUACAUCCACACAGCAAAGACAUUCACUAACUUACCACGAGCGACCUCAUGCGGAAGGAUCCAAAAUACCGUACCCGAAGUCAUAAACGAGAAUUGACAGCAAGUUCAGUGAACAAAUCAUUGACAUUGUGGCUCGUGUGUCUUCUUUUUUUAUGCUAUUAAAAAAAGCUUUUUAAAAUUAUACCACACCGACAUGUCGGACAGUGAAGGCGUCACGUUGGGAAAAAAAAAUGCGGGACCGUUGGCCGUCAGCACAGUGCUGUAUUCAUUCACUAAUGUUUUUUAUGCGGUUGAUAUUGCAAAACUCAAUAAAGGCCACACGC